AUGGAAUCCGGUGCUACCUCUCCCGCGCCGCCUACCCCGGUCCACACCAUCACGGCGAAGAACCCCAAGGCCGCAGCUGCCAUGGCGAACGACAUGAACAUUGUGCGCAGGAAGCUCACAGGCUACGUUGGUUUUGCGAACCUGCCCAACCAGUGGCACCGUAAGAGUGUGCGCAAAGGGUUCAACUUCAACGUCAUGGUUGUCGGCGAGUCUGGACUCGGAAAGUCAACCCUCGUAAACACACUCUUCAACACUUCGCUGUACCCUCCCAAGGAGCGCAAGCCCCCGAGUCUCGACAUUUCCAAGACCGUUUCGAUACAGUCCAUCAGCGCCGACAUCGAGGAAAACGGUGUUCGUCUGAGAUUAACAGUCGUUGACACACCUGGCUUUGGCGACUUCAUCAACAACGAUGAGUCGUGGGAUCCAAUUGUCAAGAACAUUGAGCAGCGGUUCGAUGCCUACUUGGACGCUGAGAACAAGGUCAACCGCAUGAACAUUGUCGACAACCGCAUCCACGCCGUUGUUUACUUCAUCCAGCCUACUGGCCACUCCCUGAAGCCCAUCGACAUUGAGGUGAUGAAGAAGCUUCACACCAAGGUCAACCUCAUUCCUGUCAUUGCCAAGGCCGACACCGUUACUGACGAUGAAAUCGACAACUACAAGAAGAGGAUUCUUGCAGAUAUCGCCUACCACAAGAUCCAGAUCUUCGAGGGACCACGGUAUGAGCUUGACGACGAGGAGACAAUUGCCGAGAACCAGGAGAUCAUGGCCAAGGUUCCCUUCGCCGUUGUCGGAUCCAACACCGAGGUCACGACCGUCGAUGGCCGCAAGGUUCGCGGGCGUGCGCUGCCCUGGGGUGUUGUUGAGGUUGACAACGAGGAGCACUGCGACUUCGUCAAGCUACGACAGAUGCUCAUCCGCACGCACAUGGAAGAGCUCAAGGAGAACACCAACAAUGCUCUGUACGAGAACUACCGUUCCGAGAAACUUGCACAGAUGGGCAUCCAGCAAGACUCCAGCGUGUUCAAGGAGGUCAACCCUGCUGUCAAGCAAGAGGAGGAGCGCUCGCUGCACGAGGCCAAGCUCCAGAAGAUGGAGAUGGAGAUGAAGAUGGUGUUCCAGCAAAAGGUGCAGGAGAAGGAGAGCAAGCUGCGCCAGAGCGAAGAGGAGCUGUACGCCCGUCACAAGGAGAUGAAGGACCAGCUAGACCGACAACGACAAGAGCUCGAAGAGAAGAAGGCCCGUAUCGAGUCUGGCAGGCCGAUCGAAGAGAAGGGCAAGAGAAAGGGCUUCUCCCUCCGCUAA